GAGCGGCUACUUUGUGUAUUGCGUUACAAUAUAAGCUGUACUCAACUGACCGGGGAACAUCCUUGCGAUGAAUACAAACUAUCCUCCAUCUCGUCUUCAAGUAUCAAGUUUAUCAUGUAAAAAUAAGUGUGGCUUUUAUGGGAAUCCUUCCUGGGAUGGAUAUUGUUCCGUGUGCUAUCGCAACGCUCAUCAAAGGCAAUCAAAUUUUCGUCAGGCUUCCUCGACUUCAUCACUUUCAACUCAAAAUUCAGAAGUAGAGGUUAAGCCCAAACAUAGCUCUGGAAAGAAUACAACUUCUAUCAAAAAUAUAUUUAAAGUUCCUCGAGAUGAUAACCGGGACCAAAUUUCAGUGAAUCCAGAAGAGUGUUUACAAGCUGAAAAAGAAUUUAAAACAUUUCUAAACACCCUUCGAGCCUCUGCAAAUGCCGACAUUUCCCGCCAUGUAGGUAUUCAAAUUUAGUAAGUGAAAUUUUCACAAGGUUUCAAAGCUUAUGGAACAGUUGGAGCCUAUUCGAAGUUCAAACAUUAAUCAAGCCUCAAUGAUUGUGCAAGACUUUUAUCACAACCUUUCAAACCGUAUUUCAAACAAUCCUAUGUAUUCAAAUUUGUCACCAAAAACCAAAGAAUCUGUUUUAAACUCAGUCGAGCGUUUCGUUACAACUUGGAUUUAUUUUUGGGCUUUUGCUUCACCUACAACGGAUGAUGAAGAUAUCGAUUUGAAAUUACAGGAAAAAAUUCGAUCAUUGCAUUGGGUAACUCCCUACUUGCUUGAUUCACCGAUUAAUCUUAAUUCAUCGGAGGAAAUUACCCAUUUAGAUCUAGCAACAUUCGCUCUUAUCAAAGUGAAUACAUUACUUGCAUCUGAAGAUAAGUUAAAUCAAAUAGUUCAAUGUUGUCGUAGCGUAUUCGAUGCAUUAAGAGCUCACUAUCGAAAUUAUGCCACUAUAACACAACAAUAUUUAUGUAACAAUAAUAAUAAUGAUAAAAGCUCAACAUCUGAUUAUAUACCUAGUCAAAAUGAAAAUAACGAUUCAACUCAUGUACAAAAUAAUGUCAUAAAUAACUCUGUGAAUAUAACUAAUAAUGUGGUAUUUGAACAAGAAGAUACCGCUAAUGCUGACGAUUUUUUACCGACACUAAUCUGGAUUGUACUGAAUUCAAAUCCACCAUUAAUCUAUUCUAAUUUACAAUUUAUUAUGAGAUUUGCUAAUCAGAAUAGACUGAAUAGUGGUGAAGCUGGUUAUUUCUUCACGAAUUUAUCGUGUGCUGUUCACUUCCUGAGAAAUCUAACUCAUGAAUCAUUAAGUUUAUCCGAGGAAGAUUUUAGUCGAUGUAUGCGAAAAGGUUUAUUAUUAAUCAGACGUCCUGGUGAACCAUUAUCAGAAAACGAAAAAUUAUUAAUGGAUAAUGGAAUUCGUCUUGCAGAUUUAGAAGAUAGCUUAAACGAUUUAAAUACAAAAUUAGAAUCAGCUGAAUUAGAUAUGAAACGAUUCCAUGAAUAUUUUCAUCAUGAAAUAAAACAAAUACGAACAAAUAUUCCAUUGAACGUACGUAUAGAUGAUUUAGAUUCACGUCAUUUAGAAAAUCCACAUAUUUUAUUAUUAGGUCCAUUAUGUAAAUCAAAUCGGCAAAAUGAAUCAUUACUAGACUGUGAUUUGGAUGAGACUACAAAUCGUCUAUUACCGGAUCCUAUACAACCGGCUCCAUAUGAUGCUGUUGAUUAUUGUAAAAAAAGUGUAUAAAUGCAUAUACAUCUAUUUACUUAUAAGUUUUUUUUUUAAUAAUAUCAACUUUUAAUUUCCGUUGAAUUUUAAUUUAAAAAGAACGUUUUUAUUUCUUUCGAAAGGUUUUUAUGGAUGUAUAGUGUAAACAAUCAAUAAAUUAGUGUAUAUUAAACUACUGUUAUUUUUAUCCAUCGUUUUAGAUCUCAUACUUAUUUAAGAGAGUAAUGAUUGGAACCCAAGUACUAAAUAGCAUUGAAGAAAAAGGUUGCGUUGUAGCAUGUGUUAAUAUGAAUGUGAUGUUUCCGUUGUGAUUACUAUCGUUCUAAUAUGCAAAACUUCAGAAUAACCUUUAAAACCUCAUAAAAUAUUCAGAAUUAUAUCUAAAUAAAGAUUAUCGAUUUCUUGAAAAUUAUCAGACGACAUUGUGAUAUGUUUAUUCCAUUCAUGAAUAUUUGUACAACUCGUGAACAACAUAACAGAAAACGCUUAGAUCUACUAUAAUAAUUAAUUGUUUUAAAUAUAGUAUUAUAUUAUCGAUAGAUUUUAAGUGGAAAAAUUGACCUUUUCUCGUGACUAUUCCCUUGCAAACUAUUUAGAUUCAUUACUGACCAAGUGUUCAUUAUGCAGCUGUUACACGUAAAACUCCUUGAUUUGCCUAAAGCUGAUGCGUAAAUAAUUCUAAGUAACAACAAAUCACACCUAUUUGAUAAUCUUUUAUAGAGAUUUCGUACUUUUAUUUCUCUAAAAAAUUCAGGGAUGAAAAACAUACUCAAGAGAUUUUGUUUUGCUGUCGAUUUGCCUAGCGUAAACAGUUGGAUUCCAGUUCAGUGAUAUAAAUGAAUUAUGCUCCUUAAGAGAAUUAAAGACCCCAAUUCUGCUUUCCUGUGGGGUCACGAGUAUUUCUGAGGAGUCUAAAAUAACUACCUGAUGAUCUCUGACGAAAAUCAUAUUCAAGUUAUAGAAAAUGUUUUGAUGAAACAUUUCAAUAAAUGGUAAUUUUCUUGUCAAACGAUUAACAAGAAUCCAAAGCGGGAAGACUCUAUGAGUUGGUACAAUCUUGAAUGAAAAAACAUGGCGACCUGUUGAACAUCUAGGCUACCUGUUCCUGCCAUCUAGAUAUUUCAACAAGUUAUCUAAUCUUGUUUUAAUACAUCAUUAUGGCUAUUACUCACGUAACCUAUUCAGGUGCGUUUCUGAAAAGUGUGCAACCUUUUGUUGUACAAGUGACAAAAAGGCCCAAUCAGAGAUAUUGUGGUUUCUGGCAAUAUGCAGCGCACAGAAUGUGCAUUAUUUAGAUGUCGAUUGACUGAACUGCUAACUUCUAACUGGUGACCACUCAAUUUUUAUCGCCAGGAUCGAUCAAGAAGAAACGGAAACUUGUUGAAAUACUUUGUGCCGAGAAUUCUAUAUUGUACCAAAAAUAUAAUACUGAAUAAAUCUAAUAAUAAAUAAAUAAAAUAACAAUUCUCUACUGGACUUCAUUUUCAAUAUUUCCAUAUGAAUUUGAAUUACUAAUAUCCUAAAGAGUGGUAGUCUUUUUCAAGAUGAUAAAAUUCAUCUUCAAGCGUUUACAUAUUUCUCAUCAAACAAAAUAUGCUGUGAGCUAGAUCUCAGUGUAAACUGUAC